AUGGCAGCAAACAAGGAGGAUUUAAAGAAGAGAGGAGGAAGAUAUUGUGUGGCCGGAACGCCAAACCAGGAAAGCUGCAAGAAUACAAGUUACACGCCCGGCAUCACAAUGCAUCUGUUUCCCACUGAGCCAAAAUGUAGGGCUCAGUGGAUUAAAUUCGUUCAACGGCAUCGCGUUGAUUUCGGCGAGCCGAUCAACCAGUAUGCCUCGUUGUGUUGGGCCCAUUUCGAGCCCAGCUGUUUUGAGAACAGCCUUGCAAGAAGCAUGGGGUUCAAAGUAAAAAAUAACUUGGAAACAGGAUCAAUUCUGACAAGGCAUGCCGUCGAUUGUCAGAUCCAUGUGCAUAUUUUUUACAUUCAGGUUUUCAUGCACACACGAACAACUUUGUGAGGGUUUCAUGCAGCGCUUAUCACAUGUUAAAUUUGAAUAUUGUUUCGGAACCAAAGAUACUUUCAAAGUAAGCCUAUUUGCUGAAUUAUUUCUAAAAUUAAAAGCCAAUGAGGAAUAUCUGUCACACUUCAAUUUUAACCCUUCGCAAUAUGUAAAUAGUAUACAGAAAUGUGAUGCAUCCCCUAAGAGAACUUUUGUGGAGUGCAUACAUAUUUAUUUCUUAGCUUGAUUGAUUAUGUAAUCUGCAGUGUACUACCGCAGAUAUAUUAUUUUAUAUUUGCUGUAGUUCUUUAGACAUGUUAUUGUUUUUUAGCUCAAGCGAGAUGCCUACAAAGAAUACAAAGCAAAGAGGUCAAAAAGGCUAAAGGCAGUGCUACAACUGCAAUACAACAGACAGUCACUGCGAAAAGCACACCUAGUUCAACGCCUUCACCCUCAGCUCCAACUCUAAUACAGACAGACACUGCACCAAGCACUCCGAUCUGGACACCUUCGCCCUCAGCUUCAACAGCACCUUCCUUUCAGCUACAGACAGACACUGCACCAAGUACACCCAUAACAACGGCUUCACCUUCACCUUUAACAGCAAUACAGACAGCGCCAAGCAGUCCAAUCUCAACACCUUCACCCUCAGCUUCAACAGACACUGCACUAAGCACUCCACUCUCGACACCCUUCAUCUUCAGCACCUUCCUUUCAGCCAUUGAUAGAUGCUACACCAAGCACACCAGUUUCUACAUCAUCGCCCUCAUCUUCAACAGCAACAUCCUUACCUCAUAGGGCAAGUUCAUGUGCUGGAUGUUCAAAGUACAGAUGGGAAAUUUCCACAUUAAAAAGAUUAAAGCGCAGGCUUUCAGCCAAAGUCAAAAGCCAAAAGGCAGAAAUCAAGAAACUCAAAUUAACUGUGAGUAUAAAUUUUUGAAUAUUUUAAGAAUAAAUUGUAUCAGUUGUCUAUGAUUAUUCUAACUGUUGAAACUUUUGUCUGAGUCUACAGUAGCAACUCUGUGCAUAGUUUAGGCAAAAGUGUUCAUAGCUUUUGUAAACAAGCAAUUUUAAUUGUCUUUUGGUCAAAGAAAUUUACUUUGGGUUUUUUUUCACCUUAUCUUUUGCAUAUUAUAGAAUGAGUGAAAAUAAGUUUCUUGAUGUACGUGUAUUUCUGUACCAUAGACUUGUUUGUCUAACAGUGAGCUCCAGUACAUGUAUGCCCUGCUGUUCAACAGGAAGGUACCUCCCUUUAUGGUUUUGAAUGACUUCAUGGCCAAUUUCCUAAACAUUUUAUUUUGCUUAUUGUCAUAGAAAGCAACACAUGAAAAAGAAAUCACAGAGGAGAAUAGUGAAAUAAGUGAUUUUGAAGCCAAGGCAUCAAAUGACUACUUUGUUUGGUCCAGUGCGCCAUCUGACUCUGGGACAGAUGAUGACUAUGACUGGAAUACAGGUGCAGCUCAAGAUGAUGCUGAGUCUACUGAGAGUGACCAUUGUGAUCAUAGGCGUACGGGAAAUUUUUUGCCAGGGGGGGCGGUAAAUCAUUUGCCCAAAAAAAUCUCGCAAGUUGCCCAAAUUUUUACGAAAGAGUCGAAAAGAAAUGAGGGCCAUAUUGCAACAACAUAGGCCGUCCUGGCAUAUGAAGGUGGCUCGAUACAGUUUUCCAGGGGCAAUACCAAGUCUAAGCAUAAACUACGUCGCCAUAAACAAACAUUUGGAAAAAUUGCGACCACAGUUGUAUUAAGAUGAAAAUUUGUCAUCAUCAGGGUUGCAAUGACAUCGGAGUUGUCAUAGCAACGAAAUAACUCCAUUACCUAUGAUUCUCGGCACGGGAACCUUACAAAAUUGUUCACAGGAGCUUUUUUCUCCAAUACGGUCGCCUCGAUGUUCGUCAAGUUUGAGCAAAACCUUAACAGCGUCAUCGAGAUAUUUUGGAAUGAAGUUUUUAUUAUUAGAAAUACGGUAAGAAAAGGAAAAUCUUGAUUUUUGGCCGUUAUCUGUAGAAAACGAAGCGCUUUUGACCUGCAAUUUCACCUCAUAGUAGUCUUAAUCGUUUUAAAAACAUGUGUGAAAGAUCGUGGAGAUAGCUCUGCUUGAUUGCUAGAAUCGAAAGAAGGGUUGAUUAGUAUGUAUCGAGACACUCUUGUUAGCGGUUCACAGUGUAAACAUUUUGGUCUACUUUAACAAAUUAUCGAAUAAUUUAAACCGCUCGAUAGAUUUUUUAAAAGAAUUAAGAUUCUUCUCGUAAUUCAGAAUGAGAAUUAGUCAGCCACUUCUUCAUUUUCAGACCCAUUGUAGCCUGCGUAGCAAGAGUUUCCAGUCGAACUCGCGCGAAAACGCUUGCUAUGCAGGCUAUACCCAUUGCUAAGUGCUAUCUGCCAUACACUGUUCUUCGAAUGGAGAUGAUUCUAGAAAGUUAUACGAAAGUUAAUUUUAAUCAAUUCACGACUGGAAAUAGCCCAUUCCAGCUAGUGCAGUACAGCAUAAUGCCCAACAAAAAAAAAGCUGCAAAUAUGUAAAUUCCUCAUCACAUGCUAGGCAACCACUGUAAUGUAACUGGUUAUUAAGCCGACUUCAGGUUAAUAUUCAGGUCUUUAAAAUAAUUAAAUAAACAUGGAGACGUCUUUGAGAACUGGCUUUGCCCAAAUUUUCUCUCGCUGCCCAAAAAAUCUGAGUUGCCCAAAAUUUGGGGGGGGCUGCAGCCCCCCUCGCCCCCCCGGCCCGUACGCCUAUGAUUGUGAUGAUCCAGAA